CCCUUAAAAUGCAGUACACCAUGAUAAGAACCCUUUUUAAACCAGUGUAUUUUUUAUUUGCUGUGAAAGAACUUCAUGUAAAAUCGUAUAUAAGAUUUUAACUUUCUUGGGAGCAGCUGCCUUUAGAUUGUAUUUCAUUUGAGGCACAGCUGUUUUGCAGUUGUGUCGAUCACACGCGUACACAGAAAUCACUGAACAAUCAAGCUUGCCCUGGGGUCCGCGUGAUCAAGUCAGUUUUAAUGCCACUCUAAUGAAUAAUUCAAUAUUUUAACGUGGUGCGAGUCAAAGCACAUUGCAAGACGGCGGCUAAUGGCAACGUAAUGCAACUUCUCGCUAGUUUAAGUUGAAAUAAGCUCUUCGAUGAAACGAUCAAAUGCAAUAAUGUAACAACCGGCUGAGGUGUUGACCUGAACAAGAUAAGAAAUUGUAUUGAAAGACAAUGUUUUCUUUUAUGGGAUACUGGCACCCGAAACAGAAACAGAUUCAUGUGGGCGUAAACUCGCAUUGCGAGCUAAUGGAAAGAGGAAUCUUUUGAAGAGGAACAGGAUGUGCGUAGCCCGAUAGCUUCAUAUAACAUAUAAGACUAUUUUUCGCCGAGGAAAAUGACGUUGCUUUAGUCAUUGUAUCAAUUAUAAAGACGCUUGAUUCAAAGUGAAGUGAAGUCUGUCGAGUAUUCAACUGAUCUAAGUUAAUAAAGAUUAUCCUGUGUAUAAAUCAGAAUCCUCGCUGAUACCUUGGUUGAGGGGCGAGAAGCAAAUAGAAGCAGGAUCGGCUACAGACAUUGGAUCACAUCAUUGGAUCACACUGCUUCGCCUCAUUGCCAAGCAAAAGACACUUCUGCGAAGAAUUUCACGACUGUUCCGUGUCUCACAGCUGAAUCAGCAGCUUCAGUGGUUAUUCACAACCAAUUUUGGUAAAUUCUUAUCAAUCACAAAAAAGUGUUUACAUUCUCGCAUUAAGAAACCGUGAAAACAAAUAAAUAGAAACUCAUGGGCUUACAGUGAUGUUAAUUUUGAAAAAAUAUUUGUUUGUUGGAUUUCGGCCUCGUAGAUGUGAAAGGGAAUUUGAUGUAAAGCAGAAAGAGACUUUGUUUUGACUGGAUUUGAAAAGAUAUCAGGUAGGAAAAGGAGGAUUUAUAUCUAGUGCAGCAUAAGAGAGGCUUGCAUCCGAUAUUCCAUCAGCUUAAGCGGUUAAUUCUUUGCCAUUUGUUGUUGCUGAUCAGUACAAACCGAGCUGAUGGAAUGCCUCGAUGUCAACAUCAAGGUCGAUAUUUGUAAUAAAAGUUACCAGAACACAACCAAAAUUCUCUUCAAAAUGGACAACUUUAGGAGCCAAGGCCUUUUUUGUGACGUAACUCUAGAGAGUGAGGAUGGAAAGUGUUUUGAUGCCCAUCGGUUGAUCCUUGCUGCUGCAAGUCCUUAUUUCAGGGCAAUGUUUCAAACAGAAAUGCUGGAAUGCUCACAAAACCACAUCACGUUGAGGGGUAUCGACUCGAAAUCUUUGGAAACCUUGAUAAAUUACGCCUAUAACGGAGAAGUUAAAACAGAUAUGGAAGACAUACUUGACCUGCUCUCGGCUGCUAAUAUGCUGUGCUUUGAAGAAGUUGAAAAAACCUGUAUAGAUUUCUUGUGUAAGAACAUGAAUAUAACCAAUUGCAUUGAUAUCUGUGCUGUAGCAGAAAGUUUGAAUUGCGACGAACUUUGUCGAAUGGCUGAAAUUUAUGUGACAAAGAAUUUCAGGUGGCUGGUGAGAAAUUCCAAAUUUCAUACUCUGACACUGAAUCAAUUGAAUUCCGUUAUUAGCAGCGAGAAACUUCGCGUUGCAUCUGAGACUGAAGUGUACCAAGCUGUAAUCACGUGGGUAAAAUAUAAAGAUGUAGAGAGAAAAUGCCACCUGCCUGGUUUAUUAAAGCAUGUACGUCUAACAGCAAUGACAAGGAAGUACCUAGUAGACAUUAUUAUGAGGGAACCCUUGGUUAUGGAUGAUCAUGAAUGUCGAAUGCUUGUUCUUGAGACCCUUGACCAUUUUUUGCUUCCCGAGAGGCGGAAAGCCACAGGAAGUAUUUUGCCAAUGCCACGAAAGGCUCAAGGACAAUCUUUGUUUGUUGUUGGCGGUAAAGGUGAAGGAGACAGGCGCGCGUUGUCUUCUGUAGAGCUAUAUGAUUUCGUCGAUGAAAGCUGGGCACACCUACCACCCUUGCAGACAGCUAGACGAAAUGUUGCUGUUGUCGCACUGGAAGGGAUUCUCUAUGCUAUUGGCGGGAUCGAUCAAAAUAGCAAAGACCUGGCAUCGGUAGAAAGAUUUAAUUUCGAUGCUUGUCGCUGGGAGAAUGCUGCCUCUCUUUCACAUUGCAGAGGAGCGUUAGCUGCUACUGUGGUCGAUGGAUGGAUUUAUGCAGUUGGUGGGUCAAUUUCAAACGCAGCAUUGAAACAUGCAGAAAGAUACGAUCCUGUAACUGACCAGUGGACCUCGGUCCCGAAAAUGAGGUUGCAAAGAAGCCAUUUUGGAUUAGCCUCCCUCGAUGGAAAGAUAUACGCGAUUGGUGGCUUUUGUGGAAUCUCCGAAGUCGAACAUUGUGAAUACCUUGACCCAGCGUCACUCAAAUGGCAUGAGAUUACAUGCAUGAACAAAUCUCGCAGAAAUCACGCGGUAGCCACGCACAAUGAUCGAAUCUAUGCAAUAGGUGGAUCUAACUGUAUGAUUGGCUCUCUCAAUUCAAUUGAGAAGUAUAAUCCAGACUUGAAUAUGUGGCUCGUUAUCAAAAGCUCCUUCUCAGUAUGCCCUGGCUUAGUCGUCUGUCAUUGCCUUCGAGAAGAAGAAGCGGAAGAGUUGCUUCUUGUUGGAGGUUAUGACUCAGAAAGCAAAGAGCACAAUGAGAUAAGAACUCUUCGUGUAAAAUCACCAGAUUAUGAAAUAAAGAAGAUCUCAGAAAUGAAACGUAAGCGAGCCUUCGCAGGGGCUAUUGUGUUAUGAAAGAGGUAGUAGUUCUUUAUAAGCAAAAAGGCCACAAUUAUCAUUGAUGACUGCAUCUUAUAUUUGAACAUAAUAGAUUGAUAAUAUAUGAAGAGCAAUGUCUUAUACACAAAGCAAAUAUCAACCUCGUAUUCAUAUUUCUUCGCCUAAUUGUUCAUUAUUUCAAUUUUUCGCCUAGAUUUUGCUGCAAAUGUAAAAUAGAUUUUGUUAAUUAUUAUUCGAAUUUCUUUAUACUUUGAAUAGUUCUGAAUGACUAAAUUGCUAUUGAGAAAAUAGUUCAUUAUGGUACAAGAUAUUGAGUCUGCUCUUUAAAUGAGAAUGUUUUUAAUAAUAUUAAUGGCCUUCUUAUGGAUUUGUUGCUGAUUAAUCGUAUUGCCCAUAAACGUAUGGCAUCCGCUAUGUUCAUGCAUGUUUGCGUGCUGCUUCAAUCAAUAUAUGUUGCUCAAGUUAACCAGUCAUAAAAAAGUCGAAAUUAUCGCAGAAUAUUCAACCAAUUCCUGAAGAAGUGAGUUAAUCUGAUAACACAAAUGUUGGCGUUGGGAUACGAGAUUAUGCCCUUUUCUAAGCAGAUGUUUUACAAAUGGAAGUUGCUACAUGUCUGUUUUAUAAGUAAUAAAUUUUCCUAUUUUGAUCAUAUAAUGACUAGCAAUUGUUCCUUGAAAUGCUCACACUUAAUCCGAUUGAUUCGACUUAUUUUGUGCUCCAGUAGGUUUAUUGAGAAUAUUUUAAUAAUCAUGGACGGUUUUUCGCUUUUAUUUGAAUCUCUGUAUAUUAAGCAAUAUAUCUAAUAAGUCUUCUGGCCAACUGAUAACUACGUAUAAUCUUUGAUAGACUCGUUUUUGUUGCAUUGAUAUGACAGAUUUUAUUGUUUUAGACGUCAGGAAUAAUCGCCAUAAUGACCUGAAGCUACGAUAGUUAGUUUUUCCGUUGACAGUUCAAGAUUGAAAAUAACAAUUUAUUCGAGAAGAAAGUCUUAUGUUAUUAAUAAGGUAUGAGCGAUGAUUUUCUACCUCAACAAUUGACAACUAAACUUCACAAAAAGUCAUCAUUUUGUGUUACUGGGCAAUCUUUACUCCUUAAAGCACAUUUUUAUCUACAGUUUCUUAAAUCAAGAAAAUUUGCGUGUUUUGCUGUUCCCCUAAACUUUGCCCUUUAUCAAAAACCUGCCUUGGCUGGCUGAACCCCCUCUUAAUAGUUCUCAUGGGGGUUACUUAAGCCCCAACGUACUUGGUAUCUAAAAUGCCAUUACUUAUAUCUGAAAUAAACAUACACACAUCGCUAAAAUUUGUAUCUUUGGCGAUUUGCCGUUGGCUAGAUUUUAUGCGACAAUAGGCUGGAUUAAACCACAAUAGGAGUUUCAAAAUAGAAGAUUCUAGGUACUAAGAGGAUCUGUGGGACCCAGCCCCUUUGAAAUUUGAUAAACUUUAUUGUGUUCUUAUUUUUGAGAUAUUUUUUACGCAUACAUUCCAGAGCCACGGAAGACACUUACAAUUCCUUUCAGCAAAGGCUUCUUGGAUAGGAAUUGACUAUCUGUAUCACAAAAACCGUCGUUUUCAUCGGCGUAAAAUGAUGUGGUUUUAAAGAUAAUAUAUGCUUUAGUGAAAGUCAUAAUUAUGUACACGUAGCUCUUUAUAACGGCAUCUUUGUAGGAAUGAAUAAUUUAAGUUCACUUGAAGCCGAUCAUGGAAAUAUCAGUUUUGCAAUAAGGUAUUACAGAAAAAAGAUACCGUGAAAA